AUGGCUUCUCCUAUCUCCCUAAGCGUAUCCACGCGGUUGUCCUCUUCCGUUCCGACCCUAGUGUCCCCAUCCUACGAGCGUCCAGCAUCACCAUUUUCAACGCACAGUAGAGAUAGUAGUAGUGACUCACUGUCUCUCCGGUCUGGCUUCCAAGGCAGUGCCUUGGAACGGGAUACGGAACUGAAGCGUAUAAUAUUUACGGCAAUCAAUGACGAUGACAGAGAUACCCUACUGGAUCUAUUUGCCAACUAUCCGGCUCCUACCGAUGUUCUUCAGCUCUUGUUGACAACAACAUAUCCGAACGCCGAUGGUUUCUAUCAACUUGACGAAGAGGUGCUGAACGAUGCAGCAGAAUUGCUGGGACCUAGCAUUUCCCAACUUAACGCUAUUCAAAUUGCCUGUGUUCUGAACGAAGAGGACAUUGCUCUUGACAUUCUUGAAUUUGUUGCCCGCGUAACUGAAGAGAUUGAGUCGCGCAAAGUUCUAUAUGAAUUCAUGGGGCGGGUCUGGGGCAAUGGCAAUACUGUCUUGCACUUGGCGUCAUUUCAGGGUAUGAGCGAACUAGUGAAAAGACUGUUGGAACUUGGAGCGGCAAGUCGGAAGAAGAAUGAGAGAAAUUACAUGCCAGUGGAUUGUGCGGAUGACGAUGUUACCAGAGAGAUGUUUGGGAAUAAUUACGAAGUUGCACCCCCACCCCCACCAAUGUCGGUAGUGAUAAGUAAUUCGCCACCAACAUUCUCCUCUAUGGAGAACUUGGCACGAACAAAGCAAGCACCGCUCGACAAACAAGUCAGUCUACCGAUCUUUGCGGAAGACAAGGAAUCUGGCCGACAUACGAAAAGUGUAUCAGUGGAUGAAGGCAAAUCAAUUUUGGAGAGUAUCGCAGCAAGCUCAGCUGUAAUAUCGCCAGAAGAAAAAUUAGCGUCUAUAAAAUCCUCAAGCUCUCUUUUGGGGCUCGGGAAGGGAAUGGCCGGUGCCAACGUGGUGGUCGUUGGUGUGGACAAGAUGACCCAAGAGGCACUGGUAAAUAUUAGUACCUCUGCCUCUAAAAAGUCACCCAGAACAACGCCGCGCAAAUCCAGCUUCCCGAGAACUAGACCUGAGGAGCGGAAUGUCCAGAAGAAAUCUGUAAGAUUCGACCCGCCCACACUGUUGCUCCAUCUAUGUCAAUACGGUGCCUCUGAAGACCCCAACUACCUUAAUUCCGUAAAGUCAUGCAUUUCACAUGAAACGUUCGAUAUCAACACCCUUUUCACUCCCCAGAAGGGCUUGACUCCACUACACCAAGCCUGCACCCAUGGGCAAACAGAAAUCGUUGCGCUAUUACUAGAACAGACAUCGACUUUGGUUAACACGCGAGAUACGGAGGGUUGGACACCCCUCCAUUGCGCUUGUGCAGAAGGGCACGUUGAUGUUGUGCGGCUACUGGGAGCGUGCCAAGGGAGAAGCGAGAAAGGUGGAAAGCGGAAAGCAAGGGACGUCGGAUUAGUACAGUGGAUGGAAAAUGAUGAAUGGGUAUUCUGUCCACCUGAUGGGCCGAUCGAAUUGAUACCAAUAAAUAAUGAUGGAGAAGCGCCAGAAGAUAUUGUUUUGGAAGAGAAAGCUGGCGAGAUUCUGCAGAUCAUCAGCGAUCUCAAGGAAAGAUUCCCACCCCCCGAGGAAUACUAUGAAAGCCUGGGGGACGAUGAUGAUGUAGAAAUUCGAGAGCCAAACGAUGAGAUAGAACCCGAAGACGCUGAUGAGAAUAUAGAGGAAAUUGCAGCGCACAAGACGGACGAAAGUUGCUUGCCAAAUCUAGCAAGCAUAAGCGGGGAGGUGCCCAAGCCCGUGGAACAAUUAGUUCCGCAUGAAACAGACGUUGGCAAUGCGGAUGAAAUCUCAUCUGCACCUAGUAAAGUUGGUGACGCGCUCGCGGAUGUGCCAGCAGCCGUUGUCGAAGGGAAAUCUGAGAGUGCGACCAAAGACAUGCCUAUCACUUUGGUCUCUCUAUCGGAACGAAAUGGAAUUGCCGAUACCAGAAAUACAGAGCGCGAUUUAGACCAACUCAAAACGGCAGUCAGUCAACCAACCACACCGUUGCGCAUAUCAAGCACACAAGAGAGGCCACCGGAGCCCACAAACCGCCUUACGUCGCCACGCUCAUCGCGACAUGGAAGCAUAGAUAGUUUGCCAGUCUCAAUGCUUCCCGUUCCUACUUUCGUGCGACGCAGCACCUCCGACCUAUCAGCCUCGAUACCGGCCGCGAAAUCAAUAACGUCACCACCUUCCACCCCAAAUAGGACAUCCCACUCAGAAUUGGCAGACGUGGCCCCAUCGCUGCUGCCUCGCCGGGUCUCCCCGCCGUCCUUGCCCCCUACGCGUGCCACCGCGGCGAGCGUACGACCAUUAGAUCCAGACACAUUGAAUGACUCGAUAGCGACAAGAACGGUCACAUCGCUCGGGUCAAGCUCGAAAACGGACAUUGAGCCAUGUGUUCAGCCUGAGAUACCAAUACCAUCAGCAUUAUCUUCAGCAGCCGCUCGACCACCACCAGCACCACCAGCACCGCAUAUUCCAUUGCCAGCACCAACAUCCCACACAAGUAUAACACCAGCGGCGGUCAAGUCCAGCGAAUCACUCUCGAUUGUCACUAGCAUCGCCACUCAGGCCUCACCAGCAACACUGACGCGUAUGCGAGGUCAUUCAAUAACAUCCCCUUCACCUGAUUCAUCACCCAAGAAACCCCCACCUCUUCAGAUUGUUACAUCUGUAAGUCUCUUGCCAACCCCGCCAUCCGACGAGCCCUCAAGCACAACCCCGACCCGAUCCCGUAUACAACGGAGUAGACGACCGUCCGUGGCAAGAUCUGAGGCCACACCCAUAGAUCUCAAGUUCCUGCAGGGAGAUGGGGAUACAAGUUCCAGUGGGGCAUCAGCAGACACAUCGCCCAUGACAACGCCGACAGCGACAUAUACGCAUUCACCUCUGACACCUUCACCACCCAAGCCACUGUCACAUCACAUCACCUCGAAUCUUGUUAGACGAGAGGGAACACUUUCGAUGGGCCGCAAGUACGGCACCGGUCGCCCUUCCACGGUCUCGACCUCGACUUCUUCAUCUGCGAGUCAGUAUAUCCCGCGGGCGACACAUGGUAAUAUUAGAUCUGGUUUAUCCCCAUCCAUGGCUUUGCCCCCUACCUAUGCUCCCCGACCGCCCAAACCACCUCUCCAAACUGCCCACAUUAAAACACCGCUUGCCUCACAAGGGAGACCCAUCAGACCAGUUAUUACUGAUGGAGAGAUGCCGGUUAGGAAGGGAAGCGUCAGGGAAGCCGUCGCAGCCCUUGAAAGGGAGCGGCGAAGGUAGUUGUUGAAUAUUUUAUGUUUAGAUUUUUUUUGGGGGCUUUGGUUUUUACAAAUGGACAAAAACUGGCUCUGAGGGCAAACCCAACAAUGCAAUGACAACAAAUGCUAAUGCUGCUACAAACUGUGUUAUUUUGAUUUCCAAG